AUGUCAAACUUCACAGCAACCCUCCUCCUCUCCUCCACCCCGCGCAAAUCCCCUCCAUCAACCCCUCCACCACAAACCAUAGACUCCACAUACAUCACCGAAACAAUCCGCGAUGCAUUCUCCUGUCUCUGCACAAAAGUCUAUCUCAACCUCCUCCUGGAUACCUGGAAACCUCUCUCCACCGACUCCCUCUCCACAGCCACAGCAGUCGAAGUCACGAUCAUCGAUCCCACUUCUUCCGGUAUACAAAUCAGAGCGUUGAAGGGAUAUAGCGAAUUAAAAGAGUUUGAAUAUAUAUACAAUGUAGAUGUGGCAUUACAGGAGGAUAGUGUGUUUAGAAAACAUAAGAGAUUGGUGGUGUUUGAUAUGGAUUCUACAUUGAUAGAACAGGAGGUUAUCGACGAACUCGCCGCUUUUGUCGGUGUAAAGGAUAAAGUCGCCGCAAUAACCGAAUCCGCCAUGCGCGGCGAACUCGACUUCACCGCCUCCCUCCGCUCCCGCGCCGCACUCCUAAACGGCGUCCCCUCAGACGUCUUCACAACCCUAAAAUCAAACGGCACAAUAACCUUCACCCCAGGCGCCCACGAACUCUGCAAAGCCCUCAAAAAGCUAGGAUGUAAACUAGCCGUCUUAAGCGGUGGUUUCCAACCACUCGCGGAAUGGGUCAAAUCUUCGUUAGGCCUUGAUUAUGCCUACGCCAAUACUCUCGAAGUCUCGGCGGAUGGAAAGUCGCUUACAGGUGUGGUAUUGGGAGAUAUUGUGAAUGCUGAACGGAAGGCGACGUUGUUGAAGGAGAUUGCGUUGAAGGAAGGGGUGGAUUUGAGACAGGUUGUGGCGGUGGGUGAUGGUGCUAAUGAUCUGGUUAUGAUGCGGGAAGCUGGGUUUGGAGUUGCAUUUAAUGCGAAACCGAAGGUACAGGAGGAGGCCCCAAGUCAUUUGAAUUCUAGGACGUUGAGGGAUAUACUAUACUUGUUCGGAUUUACGGCGGCUGAAGUGGAGGAGUUGGUUGAUUGA